CCAAAACUCUUUUCUUUCUCGGGUCCCUCACAUUUCUCCUCUCCUGAAAAAUCUUACCCUUUUCUCCCCCACCCAUCUCUGGAUUUCUCUAAUCCAUCCCGCAUCUCAUCUCACUGUGCUUUUCCCUUUGGAAUUGUCUUUCCUUUUUUUUCUUUUUAAGGAUCUGUUUUUGCAGGUACUUUGAAAAGGAUCGCAUAGGAAGCAUCACACACGCUCCCUCUCUUCGUAAUACCUGGUUGUUACGAGCCACGCGAGCCACCUCGAAAAGUCGCAGGAAACCACUUAAUUUCGCGCUUUCUCUGGGCCCAACCAAUAUUCUCUCGAUUUCUUCGUCUAUUCGACUUUGAUUUUUCCUCACUACUCUCAUUUGAACAAUCGUGUUCGUCUGAGCCCAACGAUCAGAAAAUAAUCCCGACUUUUUAUUCGCCUACCGACUGAAAAACCUCAGCAAAUAUGGCCGAUCAACUCAGCGGCGGCAUGGGCAACCUGUCCCUCGAUCAGGCUCCCGCGGCGGCUCAGCUCGCUGGUCAGCACCCCGGCGGUCGCUCUUACAUUCCUCCUCACCUUCGCGGCAAGAUUGGGGCUAAUGCUCCCGCUCCUGCCAUGAACAACGGACCUGCUCCUGGUGCCAUGAACGGGCUCAACAACAGUGCCUGGGCUGGCAACAACAGCUUCGAUGCUCGUGCCAACACCAACUUUGGUCCCACUCCUGGCGGCGCUGCUUCUUACGAGUCUGCCCCUCCCCCUCAGCAGCAGUCUUGGGGCAACCGUCAGGGUGGCUUCAACCGCAACGCCUACGGCGGUGGACGCUCCAAUGUCGGCGGUAACAUGGGUGGUGGCGGCGGUCCUAUCGGCCGCGGUGAGGGUCGCUGGAGCGAUGGCCAGCACAUCAUUGGCAACCCCGACCCGCGCAUCGAGCGUGAGCUCUUCGGCACUGCUGAUGACCCGAGCAAGCAGCACACUGGCAUCAACUUUGAGAAGUACGACGACAUCCCGGUCACUCCUUCCGGCCAUGAUGUCCCUGAGCCCGUCUUGACCUUCUCCCACCCCCCUCUGGACAAGCAUCUCUUGAGCAACAUCGAGCUUGCUCGCUACAAGAUCCCUACCCCUGUCCAGAAGUACUCGAUCCCCAUCGUUAUUGGCGGUCGUGAUUUGAUGGCUUGCGCCCAGACAGGUUCCGGCAAGACUGGUGGUUUCUUGUUCCCCAUCCUUCACCAGUCCUUCGUUCAGGGUCCUUCCCCCAUUCCUGCCCAGGGUGGCGGCGGCGGUGGUUACCGCCAGCGCAAGGCUUACCCCACUGCCCUCAUCUUGGCCCCCACCCGUGAGUUGGUCUCUCAGAUCUACGAUGAGUCCCGCAAGUUCGCCUACCGUUCGUGGGUCCGCCCUUGCGUUGUCUACGGUGGUGCCGAUAUAGGCUCUCAGCUCCGCCAAAUCGAGCGCGGGUGCGAUCUUCUUGUUGCUACCCCCGGCAGAUUGGUCGACCUCAUAGAGCGUGGUCGCAUCUCCCUCUGCAACAUCAAGUAUCUUGUCCUUGACGAGGCCGAUCGCAUGCUUGACAUGGGUUUCGAGCCCCAAAUUCGCCGCAUCGUCCAGGGUGAGGACAUGCCUCCUACCGGCCAACGCCAAACUCUCAUGUUUUCGGCCACCUUCCCCCGCGACAUCCAGAUGCUCGCUCAGGACUUCUUGAACGACUACGUCUUCUUGUCUGUCGGUCGUGUUGGUUCUACUUCUGAGAACAUCACCCAGAAGGUCGAGUACGUUGAGGAUGUUGACAAGCGCUCCGUGCUUCUUGAUAUCCUUCACACCCACGCCGGUGGUCUCACCCUUAUCUUUGUUGAGACCAAGCGCAUGGCCGACUCCCUUUCGGAUUUCUUGAUCAACCAGAACUUCCCCGCCACCUCGAUUCACGGUGAUCGUACCCAGCGUGAGCGCGAGCGUGCCCUCGAGCUUUUCCGCAAUGGCAAGUGCCCUAUCUUGGUCGCCACUGCUGUUGCUGCCCGUGGUUUGGAUAUUCCCAACGUCACCCACGUUAUCAACUACGAUCUCCCCACCGACAUUGAUGACUACGUUCAUCGUAUCGGUCGUACCGGCCGUGCUGGCAACACCGGUAUUGCUACUGCUUUCUUCAACCGUGGCAACCGUGGUGUCGUCCGCGAGCUCCUCGAGCUUCUCAAGGAGGCCAACCAGGAGGUUCCCGGCUUCCUCGAGACCAUUGCUCGUGAGUCUUCCUUCGGCGGUGGACGUGGCGGUCGUGGUGGUGGCGGUCGCGGUCGUGGCCGUGGCGGCAACACCGAUUUCCGCAAGGGCGGUGGUUUCAGCGGUGGCGGUGGUGGUGGUUAUGGCGGUGGUGGUUUCGGUGGACACAGCUCUGGCGGCGGCGGCUUCGGCGGCGGCGGUGGUGGCUACGGCGGUGCUCCCCCCAGCGGAGGCUUUGGCGGCGGUGGUUAUGGCAGCGGCGGCGGCGGUGGUGGUUACAGCGGUGGCGGCGGCUACGGCAACCCUGGCGGCGGUGGUGGUCAGUCGUGGUGGUAAAUAUACCACUUCACGUCGUGAAUCACCUCAACACCCACUUUUACAUCAUUGGCAUCCGGCACUGCAUCGUUCAGCACUGCAUGGUUUACCAAGGAUUCUGUCUCGCUUUUGUUCUGUUCUUUUAUCGUUUGGCACAUGGAAUUGUUAUGCGGCGAUCAUGACUUUCAUUCUUUCGCAACCCGGCAGGGAUCGAGUCCGAUGGUUUUUUCGAGUUUGACGAUGGAGAUCGGGCUUUCCCUACUCGACACAGAACCACACGUUCGACGAUUUGAUACCCUUUUAGACCGCAUUAUUCGGAAGUCGACAACUCGACCGCGAGUGCAUUCACAUGCCACACGCGGCAUACAGAUGCGGUUUCGGUUUUCGGCUGGUGUAAUCUAGUCAUCAUUUUCCUGCUCUUGCCUUGCAUUUCCGGCAGGGCACGAAGUUCACAUUAGAGAUGGGAGGCAUGGGCGCCGCUGGCCUUUUCGAUUUUCUGUUUUUUAAUUUCUUCACUUGACGACCAUCACACAUAGACAAAAGUGGAUUUCUCGGUUCUUUUUCUCUGGCUGGUUUCGGCAACGGUACCGGCAGGAGAUGGGUCUUACAACAACAAAAACGGGACCUUUCAAAAGAUUAGAAUUCCAUUUUUUUCGGCAGUUUGAGGACUGGGAGCAGGUUAAUGGAGCAUUUGAUACCCCUUUGAAGAUGGAGCUCUGACGACGGAUGGAGGCUACAAAAAUGCUUGUUGCUCUCCUCUAUUCAGAGCGUUUGGCAUUGGCACGGCCGGUCGCAAAAAAGACAUCGGGCACGAAGCGCAACGGACAUUGUGCGCAAGGAGCGCCUGGGAUUUUGCGGAAGGCUAAAAGGGGGAUUGGCACGAAUCUGAAUUCUACUCGGACAGUGGCGGCUGUUCCCGCUCGGAGGCUCGAGACAAGACAAAUCGUCUAUGUAUAAUGGAGUCCAAAUUAAAAUCCAUUUUUUACACCAACUAGUUGUGAUUGUGUGUAAUGUGUGUGAUGUUUUGAUGUGUCUUAUGACUUGUGAAAGAAAAUGAGGUCUGAACACGUG